CUCUUUUACUCCUCCUCUUUCUCUCUACGCGCGUGUGUGUGUGUGUGUGUGUGUUUGUGUAAGUGAGUGAGUGAGCAGGAAGACGAAGCAGCAAGCAGGAGGAGACACCAAGGACGUCCUUUUUUUUCCACCCCCGAGAGCCGGAGAUGCCAGGGACGAGCAGUUAGAUUAGCUUGUGCUGGUGCAGGAUAACUUGGUUCCGGAGAGUGCUGAAGCUGAAGCUCUGUCUGCUCUCUGAUCCCUUGUUUGGUGUGUGUGUGUGUGUGUGUGAGUGUGUGAGAAGGAUUUCAGCCAGUCGCCGGACCGAGAUCUGGCUACAAAGGACUUCUACUUUUCCGUCACAAUUGAAUGUAACAUCGCUCGGACAAGGAAGGCAGGGAAUUAAAAGCCAUCAUCAUGAAUUUCGUUAUGAAACAAGCGUUGGGAGGGGCCACCAAAGACAUGGGCAAGAUGCUUGGUGGGGAGGAGGAGAAGGAUCCCGAUGCUGCAAAAAAAGAGGAAGAAAGGCAAGAGGCACUGAGACAACAGGAGGAGGAGAGGAAGGCCAAAUAUGCAAAAAUGGAGGCAGAGAGAGAAAACCUUCGACAGGGCAUUAGAGAUAAGUAUGGCAUCAAGAAGAAGGAGGAGAAGGAAGCCGAGGCAGCGGCUGCUAUGGAGCAGGCCUCCGAGGGCAGCCUCACCCGUCCCAAGAAGGCGGUUCCCACCGGCUGCGGCGACGAGGAGGAAGAGGAGAGCAUCGUGGAUACGGUCAUGAAAUUCAUCCCAACCCCGCUCAUGGAUAUGUUCAAUAAAAAGUAACAGUGUUGGGUGAAAUGUGGUUAACUUUGUUAAUCUACUUUCAUAACGUUCGUAACGUUCAUCGAACCAAGACUACUGCCGUAUACCACCCUGCCCCGCCUAAACCUGCAGUCACACUUUUCUCCACCCUCCAGCCCCUUUAACCCAACUUCUAAGUUUUCCUGGGAACUUGGCAUGACUUUGUCCUUGAUUUAAAAUAGCUGAUCUCUGAUGGUGAUAUAUACUUUUUAAUCUCUCAUACAGAGCAUCUUUCUUGAUAACCCUAUUCUAAGAGUAUGUAACACCGACACAGAUCUAAUGUCUUUACUUCAAGGCAAAUCUUAUGCCACGUUUUUUUAAAUGUCGGGCACUUAGAAUAAAAUCAGAUAUCACCCAUCAUUCACCCUUUUUGUUUGUAAAUAGCCUCUAGUUAUGAAAAAAGAGAGAAUUAUAUAUGAGUGAAAUAUGACAUAUAACAAGAUGACUAAGAGUAUAAGCCAUAUUUUUAACUUUUAGGAAAUUAUCCAAAUCAUAUCAAAAUUUGAUUGAAUUUUCCUGUUCUGUUCUUGCUAAUAUUUGAUACAUACAGUGUAUAUAAAUCCAUUUUUAUUAGUUUUCCGUUGUGAGGAUUCACCCUGUAAACUGUCCCCUUUAUGUCCCCUUUGGUUUAUUGUGAACGUGUAAUAUGAGCACUGGUAGAGUCAAAACAUCACCUGUAAAACCAGAAAGUGAUGGAAUUCAUUUAAAAUGAGACAAUUUUGUUUUGUUCACUUUUUUUUUCAAGCAUGCAGUUAACUUUUGUGAAGUGAAGUACACAUUUGGAUACCAUUGCAUUUGUUAUGAUAAAGCGAAAUACAUUAAUAUAUGAGGCAAUAACUGGUUUUCCAUUUUUAUCUAAUUGACAUCUUGUCCACCAGUAAGAGAUCAUUGACUUUGUGUCUGAAAUGUUCUUCCAUGGGGAAAACUAUGAAUGUUCUCCAUACAUGACGUUCGUCUCAAAAGCAGUUAGGUGACAUUCUUACUAUACAUUUACUUGCUGUACAUGUUUGUGUUUGAACACUCACUUUUUUAUGUCCUGUGGCAGGUGUCGCUCGCUCUGCUUCUGCAGUAGCAUGUGUAAAUCUUAGACCAGGCCAGCUAAUUUGGAUUUUUGUUGACAUUUCCAUCAAUUUUUUUGUAAGAAAAAAAGAAACUUCACAAACACAACCAUGUUGUGAACACACUAUAUGUGAACAGACAGUGACAAUAGUGCAAUAUAUUGUUCAAGAUGAAGUUGUCCUGUGUCCGUUGGUUAAACCUAAAUCAGCAAUAACAGACAAUCUUCAGUGUUGUGUGCUUAAACGUUCUCCUUAAUGUGUUAGUCGACAUUAAAGGCACAGAUGUGUCAGCAUAGUGACAGUAAAGCCUUUGUAUAGGUCAGACAUACUUGAUUAUAAAAGAGAAUGGGGGGGGGAUUUGUUUCGUGUAGUAAAAAAUGUUCAGUCAUGUGUUACAGAAUUUGAGCACAAUCAGGAUUUGUGUUCGAAAUCAUAAGCCAAACGGCAAAUCAAACUGUUUUCAAAGGCAUACAUUAACAAUACAUGCUAAUGACAAAUUAGAUGAAAAACAUGAAAGCUCCAUGACCGUACAAGAGAAAAUGUUUACCUGCUCAGUAGAGUCCAAUCUGUCCUGCUUGUAAAUGUAAUGGGACAAAUUUAAAGGGGGUUCAUAUUAGGAUGAAAUCUAAGGUUUCUCCAUAUGUCUUGUUUUAUGUCCUUCAUUCCACAGUGUCUUGUUAGAACAUUCCAGAUAUUUCAGACAUUCCACCAGACUUGUGCUGGUAAAACACAAACGUGGAUAUUUACAGCCGGCCUCAGUCGAUGCCUUUGUUAUCCUACAAGUAUCAUGAUGAAACUUAAAUUUGAUGUUGCUAUAGCCUGAAUAGUUACUAGAAAGAAUCAAAUAUACAUGUGAGGAAUAAUGACUUGACCAACUAAAUGCAGAGUUAUUUAUAGCUGCCAUGUACAGAAAAGAAAAUCCCACACAAAGUUUAAGGGAAAGCAUAAAUGUGCUAUUAGCAGAGAUCAGUUCAAACUUGUGAUACAAUUUUGUUAGAAAAUGUUUUUGUGAUUCACAUGAGCACAGUAGCUGUAAGUGAUAUCAACGUUUUCUUUUUUGCCACAUUGCCGCUGUUUUUAUUGAGCUAGCUUAACAUGAAAUACCAUUCAUUCUGAACGUGUGCAUUCCUGUGGCAUAGACGUGGGAAAUCUUGCGCGUUGUGAGCUCUGUAAUCAUGUUAAAUAUAUAUUAAAAAAAAACAUCCUAGGGCACAGUGAGGUCACCUGUAGAGCACAUUUAUUGAACUUCUUGUGAUUUUAUUGUUCUAGUAAACUGCCUUUGCCAGCCUCCGUUCAGCGUGUUAGCAUAUAGUUGGCAACCAUAGUUGUUUGCAUUUAUUGAACCGAGCAUCAACAACACAUGAAUCCAUAAUCAGAGUAGUUAUCCAAUCAAACCAAAGAAUAGUGCUGGUAGUUGUAGGCUCAGUCAAGAGGUUUCAUUGUAUUUAUUUACUGCAUCUUAUUUAUUCUGAAAUUCUCAGGUAUUUUAGCUUUAAGUUUGAAUAGAAGUUUAAACCAUAGCCUUCUCUUAGCAUUAUUAGCCCUGGACUUAAAUUGAACAAUUGCAUUGCCAGUGGCCUAGCAAGCAUACUGUACACCAACUUUUAUUCAUAAAUUACAUAUCUCUUCUUUGGCCCAAGAAUAUUCCAGAAAGCUAUGAUUACUGCCCAGUCAACCCAAGUAGAGGACUUUCCCAGCGAUGAAACCUUCAUCACCAAUCAUCAUCAGUUUGUGCAGUUCAUCAAGCUACCAGUGAGUCUUUUCCAAACUGGUGUGCUCUGAAAUCCUUUCACCCUUUGCAUAUCUUCCACCAACACGGUCAAACACCCGUUAAUCAUUAUCUUGUAAAUGUCAAUUGGUUGAGCUCUAAAUGGCUUAUAGACUACUGCCCAAGUCAUGUGUUAUCAAUAUGUAUUUGUCAAGUUGUCAGAAAUCCACUUCAGUUUGAAGUCACUUAUUUGUGCCGCUCAAACAGCCAUUAAUAUGAUUAAAAAACUGCCUGAAAAAUAUGACACGUAAAAAAAAAUUACUCCUUUGAUGUGACUUGAAUGUAACUGUCUGAUGUUUCUCUCUCUUUGCAUCUGUCUUUCUCCGUUCUGUACGUGUUGAGAAGAUGCUUACUGUCGUGCAGUAUUUUUCUUUCCCGUCUGUAGCCAGUCCUGUUUCUGUCCUCUGGUGGUUGGUAUUUUUGAAAUUUGCAUUCUUUUGUACUGCGAAAUCUUCUCACCCUUCUCCCUCCUCUCUCUAUCUCCCUAUUUGUUGACAAAAUGUAUGCAUGCUUAUGGUGUGCGACGUAGGCAAGGUUGUUGAUAAUCGUUUUGUGUCUUCUAUGUGUUUCAAAGCGCCACCUGUUAGCCUCACUGCAUGCCAUUUUAGACAGAUAUUUCAGUCUGUAACUUUCCUGCAAAAAUGGAAUCACCGCACACUGAGAAUAAAGUGAUUUCAUAUAA